AUGAGCCAAUCAUGCCAUGAUUUCAAUGAAGAAAUCAAUUUUUUAUCUGAAAUUUCGCCAAAUGAUCUUUCUUGGGAUCAACAUCGUUCUAAUGCUGAAGACAUUGCUGUUCUUUAUAAUCGAAAUAUUGAGUUUACUAAGUAUGCUGACCGUAUUAAUGGCUGUUCAGGAUAUUUGAAAUUUGCUGUUGUUGAAUCAAAACUUGUUUUAAAGGAAGUAUGGUUUUGUCGUGUGCGUCACUGUCCUGUAUGCCAAUGGCGGAGGUCAUUAAAAAUGCGAGCCAUGAUGUAUAAAAAUAUAGAUCGUGUUAUUCAACAAUACCCCUCUCAUCGAUGGAUAUUUAUAACUUUGACUGUAAAAAAUCCUCAUGUUAAAGAUUUAAAGGAUACUUUGAAUCUUAUGAAUAAGGGUUGGCAGCGAUUCAUACAAACCAAAAGAUUUAGGAGUGUAGUUGAUGGUUUUAUUAGAACAACAGAAAUAACCCGUCCUAAAAAGAAAAAUGAAAAAAUGCAAGUACACCCUCAUUUUCACGCUAUGCUUUUAGUUAAAUCUAGUUAUUUUGCUCGUGAUUAUAUAAAACAAACUGAAUGGGUAGAAAUGUGGGUUAAAGCUAUGCGCUUAGAUUACUUUCCUCAAGUUAAUGUAAAAGCAAUUAAGCCAAAUAAGAAAAAAACAGAUCAAGAAAAUAAAUCAAAAUUACAUGAUGCAAUUUUAGAAACAUUUAAAUAUAGCGUUAAACCGUCCGAUAUGCUCGCUUAUGACGAUCAAGGCGAAUGGUUAUGUCAAGUUACUAAACAAACCCAUAAGAUGCGUUUUCUGGCCACAGGAGGUGUUUUAAAGGGUGUUCUUAAAGAAGAUGCUACAAAUCAAGAAAUGAUUGCACCUGAUGGCGAUAAGGAGCAAUUAGAUGGUGAAGACGAAGCACCCCGUUUCGGAUUUAGCUAUGUACCUAAAUAUCGCAGAUAUGUUUAUAACCCAACUUUUAACGCUAAUUAG